AGACACAGGAAGCUACGAGAAGUUCCUUUUUUGAAAUUCAUUCCGUUUCCGUCGUCGAGACGUUACUGGCGCGCUAUUUAUUUGAAGAUCACACAAUUUCAGCUAGUUCUUUGUGUUACGGAAUCUUUAGAAUUGAUUUCGCUCAAUUUUAAGACGGUUUUAUUAAUAACUCGGUUUGAUGGUAGAGUGGGAGGGACUAGGUAUGGGCUCGACUAGUUUUUUGACUAAGCCCAAGUCGGCCGGCUUCAGAGCGAAGAGUGGGUCCAGCGUAGGCUCCGACAGGGAGACGAACGGGAAAUUGAAAAGAAGUAAAAUUCGGAGGCCGAUGAAAAUGAAUGAUUAUGGAUUGAAACGGAUCCCGGAUUAUACGGAGCUGGCUUACAAGGAGGCUGUUUCGAAGCUGAGAUACUUCUUAUCUGGAAACUACGCGCCUUCUGCUCGCAGCUACGGAGGUUCCGCCUCGAUAAAGAAUCUAGACGAAUCCGACGGCGAUCUGGACAAGAAAUAUUCUAGUUCGUACAACGCCGUCGGCGACUUCAAGCCGAAGCCGAGACUUACCGCCAAGUAUGCCACUCUUUAUGCCGACAGCUUGAAGAACUACACGCCCGAACCUGUCAAUGUUCCUACGUCGGCUGGGGCUGGAGAUUCGUCGACCGCGAACCCUGACGUCAUCAAUUUCAUACAUAAACAGGAAGAGUACAUCGAGCAAUUAGAAAGGGAGAGUCAGUACUGCAGGGACGAAUUGAACAAUCUGCUCGGUAAAGUGAAGGAAGUGAUCUCGGAGAACGAGCAUCUGCACGAAGCCCAGAAGAACAAGUUGAUUUCUAGAAUGUUCCAUUCGUACAAUGGCUCCGAAACUGAUGACGUCGACGACAGCACCGGUCUCGACAGUGACAAUAAGACAAGCCCAUCGAAAGCUCGGAAGACGUCUAAAGCUCGUGGUACGCGGCUGGAAGGUCCAAAUAUCGUCUUCGAGUCCCGCAUCGCAGAACUGGAAGCUCAGCUAACUCAGGCCAAGAUCGACUUGAAGAAGCUGCAGGAUGAAAACAAUGAGAACAAACGUAAGUUGGCCUCCGGACUUGUCGACUCGACUUGCCUUGACGGCUUCAAGCGACAGAUCGACAAUCUACAGAGAGACAAGUCCACGUUGGAAGCUCAAAUAUCUAAGCUCAAACUGAGCUUGGAGCAGCGCGAAGACGACAGCGGACGUUACAGGAGAACUGAGGUCGUGGAACAACAACUAAGAGAAGAUAAGAACAGUUUGGAAGCAGAAAUAAGAAGUCUCAAGGAGGAGUUGAGCAAGGAGCGUGCGCGGGUGCGGGAGCUGGCGGGGGCGGGGGCGCGGGGCAGGGCGCGCGCCGAGCACCUGGACGACCUGCACCACGACCUCGCCGCGCAGUACGACACCGUCGCCAGACUGCAGCUCGACUUGGAUCGUCAGCGGCGCGAGGAGAACGACCUCAAACGAGAACUGACCCUGAAGAACUCCGCCGUUGAGGAACUGAAGAUGGAACUCAAGAAUAAAACUGCAUCUCUCCAGGCUGAUCUAUCUCAGGCUCACGCCGAGAAGGCUUCGUUGGAGGAGGAGCUGGCGAGCGCGCGGCUGGCCUUAGAGCGACACCAGCGCCAGACCAAACACGAAACUAAUCGACUUAAUUCAGAGAUCCAGUCCCUUCGUCAGCGUCUGGACCGAGCUGACGCAGAUCUGGUGCACUCGCGCCGCGAGAACCUGCGUCUCUCUGAGCAGAUCUCCAAUCUCGAAAAAGAGAUUAACUUGAAGAGCUUGAGCCCGAUCUCUUCAGAGAAGAACAAGAAGGAAAAGGAGUUGUCUACCAUGCUGGAGUCAAUUGACAACAAGCACGGCAGAGCGCGGCUACGUGCAGACGAACCGAUCACACGUCACUCCCGGUCGGGGUCGCGGGACCGACUGAUAAAGGAGACUCGCACCUCAAGGCGCCGCUCCGGAAAAGAGUCCGAUUCGUCGUGUAAACACCAGCCGAUAAUCGUUGGCCCGUUGACGACAAAUCAGGAUCUCGCUGACGCUGACGGCGAAAGGACCUACAAUUUGCCGCUUAUGAUCCAACAGCCCUUUUUACGGGAGAAAAAGGAGCCAAUCAAAGUUGAUAUAAGCGUCAAGUUGAUACCGAAAUCGAGGAGGAGAGACAAGAAACGCACAGCACAAGUAGAUGAAGUUGCUUUAGACGAUAAAGGCGUUAAGAAUAGUGUUAGUAUGGAGGUGUCAGAAGGUGCGGUACGGGUUUUAAGCGAAACAGUUGAAGUUAUUGAUGGCACCCCUAAUAUAGAAGCUUCACGAUUGGAAAACGAUGUUGAAGAUGACAGAAGUCAUUUAAGUCCAAUUAGUAUAAAAGUUACAUCGCCAAAAGCAAACACUGCCGAACUAGAGAAUAUUGUUCUAGAUAAAACCGAAGAUACACGUGAUAGUACAGAUGGAGAUGCGAAUGAAGAUGUUGACGAAACUAAUCUAGAAUUAUCAGAUACAAUUAUUCCAGCUCCAAAUAUAGCUUCUGAAGAUAUAGAUGAAAAAAUUGAACUUACAGAAGAAUUAGUUCCCGUACCAACAGAAUCUAUUGAGAAGGCAGACGAAGAUACUUAAAAAUUUAUAAAAAUUUAAUACAUAUAUCGGCAGUGUAAUAUGCGAAAGUUUAUUAGGUAUAGUUGUAUGAAAAAAAAAAUCUGUAAUACUCCUUGUAUUAGUAGUCGCAGUGAAUGUUCCAUGCUUAUUAUUUUAUUUGGAAAUAACCAGUUAGUUUAAGUGCAAUGUGAACGUGAUAUUGUUAAUUAAGUUAUAAAGUUUCUUGUUGUUUUUAACUGACCUCGAAAAAAGAGAAGGUUCACACAAUUUUAGUGUAUUUUUGUAUCUUAAUUUUCUCAUGUGGUUCCAAAUUCUAUUAAGAUGUGACCAAUAAUUUUUGAGUUA